AUGAAUUUCAUUUACUCAAUUCUCGCUCUUCUCGUCAUUAUCCAGACAACUGAAGCUAUAGGCAUGUUACUUGGUAGCUUACUUGGUGGCGGUAUGAUGAUGGGAUAUCCAGGAAUGUAUGGAGGCUAUGGAGGAUAUGGUGGUUACGGUUAUGGAGGAGGUUACGGUGGUUACGGUGGCUACGGAGGAUAUCCAUACUAUGGAAAGAAAUAA